AUGUCGAAAAAACAGUGGAUGGCACUUUUAAUGAUUUUUUUGGUUUAUUUAUUUUUUGGGGCUGCUAUUUUUCAUCAUAUUGAACGUGCUAUUGAAGAAGAACAAGUUAAAAAAUCUCAUGAUAAACGUGUUGAAAUAAAUGAACUUCUUAAUAAAUAUUGUCCUAAAAAUAUUGAAGAAAUUCUUGAAAAAUUAACAGGCUAUUGUGGAAAGUCUGUUUAUAAUUAUACAGAAAAUGAAGAGGAUCAAUUUAAAUGGGAUUUUUAUAAUAGUUUUCAUUUUGCAUAUACGGUUGUCAGCACAAUUGGCUAUGGUAAUUUGGCACCAACAACAAUGUCAAGCAGAAUUUUAAUGAUAUUUUAUGCUCUUUUGGGAAUUCCAAUGAAUGGAAUAUUACUAGGUCAACUUGGUGAAUUUUUUAGUGGAAUUUUUAUAAAAGCAUACAAUAAAUACAAAUCAUGCAAAGAUAAUGAGGGCAAAAAAAAUUAUUCAAAAUUAGAAUUUGGAAAAUCUGGUUUUGCUGUACGUGUGUUGAUGUACCUGACACCUGGAUUUGUCGUAUUUAUAUUUUUUCCAGCUUUAGUUAUUUCUUACUUUGAAGAAAAAACAUAUGACGAAGCUGUUUAUUAUGCUUUUGUAACAUUGACAACAAUUGGAUUCGGCGAUAUUGUUGCUGGUCAAGACAAUACGAAAUUUCAUUGCCAUGGAAUAUUUUAUAUUCUGUAUAAAAUAUUUUUAAUAGUUUGGAUUGUAUUUGGACUGGGAUAUAUGGUCAUGAUUAUAUCCUUUAUAACAAGAGGAAUGAGAAGUAAAAAAAUAGUAAAACUUGAACGAAAAUUUGCAGUAAAUUUAAAAAAAAAACAAACUAAAAUAUGGUGUGGAUUGCACAAAGAUGUUAAUUACCUGAGACGUAUUUUUAAUGAAUUGCAAUUAUCCAAAGUCAAGAGAAUUUAUGUGGAUCAACUGGAAAAUGAAAUACCAAUUUGUGAUAAACCUUCGAGUAGUAACAGUUUUCCUGAUCUUCGUAAACUUAUUUUUGGUGAUUUGGCUCUGUCAAUGACACCAAGUCCACGUAGACGAGCCAACAGUGAAACUAUUUCAGAUAAAAAACCUGUUAGAACUCGAGUAGUAUCUGAGACUGAUCUUCAAAGAAUUGACAAAGAAGCAACAUUUGCAACUUGUUCACCAGUUCAACGUGCUGAACUUUUAGCACGUUUAAUAAAUAUCCUUGAAUAUAUACCACCUCCUGUUGAUGAUGACGAACAAAUGACUGAUAUUGAUUCACCAGUUGGUAUUCAAGGUUUUAGUGACGAUGAAAUUUUAUCAAGUGAACACACUCUUCAGUGGACACUUGGCUCUGAACAACUAACAACAAGAAAACCACGUUCACGUACUGUCAGUGAAGCUCGUUUUGAAACAAAAAUCGAUCAAAAUUCCAUGUGGAAUCAUGAAUGGACAUGGUCUGGUCCAGCUGCAUCGAAAAAAAUUAAAGAAAUUCUUGAAGCACGUAAAAUUGCUAAUAAAGAUUUCAAAGAACAAAAAUCAAUAUUUCCAGUAUUAAAUUUACCAAAAUGGUUUAAAAUAUUAUCAAAUAGUAAAAAAAAUUGUAGAACAAGAAAUUCAGUUUCAGCUGGUGAUGUUGAACGUGGUGAAAAUUUCGAAAGAUUUUAUAUUUAA